AUGUUCAGCAAGACCUUCGUCUCCGCCGUUGCGGCCCUCAGCCUGGCAACCAGUGCUGUCGCUGUCAGCUGUGACGACACAACUGCCACCAUUGCCUCGGCUGCCGAUGCCACCACCAUCGCCUCUUGCGAUACCGUCGAGGGUGACCUUGUCAUUCUGCCUGGUGCUGGUGACACUGUCGAUAUCUCCGGUCCUACGGAGAUCAAGGGUGAUUUGACUGCCCAGAACAACGGUGGACUGAUCUCCCUGACCUCCACCACCCUGGAGACCAUCGGUGGUGCUUUCACCCUCAAGAACGUCACUCUGCUUUCGACUCUGUCUUUCACCAAGCUGAGCACCGUUGACUCGAUCAACUGGGCCUCUUUGAACGCUCUGGGUCAACUCACCUUCGGCACACCUGGUGUCACCAAGGCCAAGAGUGUUGCCAUUGCCGAUACCUUCUUGAGCAGCUUGGAUGGAAUCAACAUCCACUCUCUGGACACCAUGGACAUCAACAACAACCACCGUCUCACCGACUUCACCACCGAGCUGUACAACCUGUCCACUCUGCUCAACAUCAACGCCAAUGGCCAGAACCUCAACGUUCAGAUGCCCAACUUGAUCUGGGCCGCUAACCUGACCAUCUCUAACGUUACUACCUUCUCUGCUCAGUCUUUGGAGUCUGUCAACGGCUCCAUCCGCUUCGACUCCAACUACUUCACCGAGGCCAGCUUCCCCAACUUGACCGCCGUUCAGACCGGUGACUUCUCUUUCAUCAACAACGCCAAGGUCACCAACAUCACCGCCCCUCUCCUCAAGUCCGUUGGUGGUGGUUUCACCAUUGCCAACAACACUGCUAUUGAGGAGCUCAACGGUUUCCCCCUCUUGGAGAUGGUUGGUGGUGCCGUUCUCCUUCGUGGUGACUUCUCCGAGGUUGCUCUGCCUGCUCUCGACGACGUCCGUGGCGCCUUCGAUGCUUCUUCCACUGGCGAUAUCACCGACUCUUGCGAGGUCUUCGACAAGCUGGGCCCCAAGUCCGGUGGUCAGAUCCAGGGCGAGUACUCUUGCACCAGCAAGAACGCCAACGCCAACAACGACACCGACUCUACCGGUGGCACCUCUUCGGGCUCUAGCAACAGCUCCAGCAGCGCUGUCGUCGGUGCUCCUGGCAUGAGCAUGUCGUGGAUUGUCAGCUUGGUUUCCAUUGCUGGCUUCGUCGUCGCUUUCUUGUAA